AUGGCAAGCAAUAAAAGAAAAAUACAAAUUUUGGAAAAUAGAGUAAUUCGCCCUGCAGUUAUUGACAGUGAUAGUGACAGCAGUGAAGAAAUAUUUUCCACUAAGAAAACUAAAAAGGAUUUGGAAACAAAUGUGCACGGAAAACAAAGCAAAAGCGAAUGUAAAAAUAAACCUACACCACAGACAUCAAAAGGAUUGUCUUCGCCUAGCUCAUCGUCAUCGGAACGAUUUAGUAUGUAUAGCUCAAGAGGAUGCAGUCCUUCGCUAAACAAUAUAUCAGCUUCUAAGCUUAUGCACGGCAUCAAAAUAGAUGAAAGCGAAUAUCAUGACUUGAUAAAUCUAAGAAACGAUAAUAAAAAAGAUAAAAAAGAAAAAUGA